AUGGCGGAAGCGCACCUCUCGGCGCUGCGCGACGCGAUGAAGCAGUCUACGCCAUGGACAUGCGGUGUGCUUGAUGUCCGGCGUGAGGACUUGAUGCUGUUCUACAAGCACGCUGGCGAUGAACGGUGGGCUUUACUCGCGAUGCUCAACUUUGGAGAGGCAACGGAGGCACAGCUGCAGGACCUCGCUGCUGCGUGUCGGCUUGUGACAUUUGGGCGGGGGACGGAAGACGUGCUUGACGAGGGCUACCGCAAGGCAGGGAAACUCGACUGCAGCGACUUUGCGGCCUCACUCGAUAUCGGGACGCUUAAUAUCCUUGAUGAAAUCACGCCGGAUUUGCUCGAGGGACGUGGGGACGCAGUUAUCACGGCGGAGCUGUAUAAGCUGAACGUGUAUGAGCACCGAGGCGGACAACUUAACUUAUCACACGGCAAAAACUCGUUUACCUUUGACUCUGUGGUGCGAGUGGCCGGUGGAAGCGGGUCAAUCGCAUACGUCGCCUUCUUCAGCGACGUCACUCAUGCUGUUGAGCCCGUUGUCUCCGGCCAUCACGUCACACUCACCUACAAUCUGCUCAUCUCGCCAAAAUCGUCCUCGCUGCAUCUGAACACAAGACAGCCGCUGUUUGAGGUUGAGGUCGCCUGCCAGAGUGCAUUGGCUGCGCUGCUUGCCGACCCCGCUUUCCUGCCCGAUGGCGGUCUUCUCAGCUUUGGGCUCGAGCACGAGUACCCUGUCCCGCGCACGAUUUCCGACCCAACCACCCUCGGCAAUGUGCUCUAUAUGCUCAAGGGGGCGGAUGCAGCUGGUGAGGGCGUGCGCAUGGCGCUCGACAGCGUGCUCGAUUUGCGGAGGGUCUGGUUGGCGGAGGACAGCGAGGUCGAUGACGAGCUGAGACGUGCGGGGCAGCCGAUUGUGCGCACAACCGCGGCGGGGCGCCAGGCGUGGACUAAGCUGUACGAUGACGAGCAGCUGGUGUCGGUGUGUUAG